AUGUCGUGGGGUGGGUUCAAAAAGUCCAUAAACCGUGCUGGCACAACGCUGAUGCAAAAGACGGGUCAAGUCGAGCGCACAGUCGACGCUGAAUUCAACUCUACCGAAGAGCAAUACCGCACGUUGGAGCGAGAGGUGAUGUCGUUACAGAAGGAGGCAAAAGCGUAUCUGGAUGCGAUGCGAUCGCUGGCCUCUUCUCAAGCGAGGAUUGCCGAAGCGAUCGAUGGAUUCUACACCGACUCGUCUGACGCCGCCAUGUCGGCCAACGCGUAUCGUCGAGCAGUCGACGAGCUCGACACCAAAACCGCCAAAGAAAUCGACGCACCGUAUCGAGCCACCGUACUGGAACCCAUAGGAAAACUCGCCUCUUACUUUCCCGAAAUCAACAAGAUCAUCGAAAAACGCAACAAGAAACUCCUAGACUACGACGCUGCGCGCUCCAAACACCGCAAGCUCGUAGAUAAACCCUCAGACGACCCCACCAAACUACCCAAAGCCGAAAAGGAACUCGAAGACGCCAGACUCAUCUUUGAAACGCUCGACGAUCAGAUCAAAUCCGAGCUACCCCAGUUGGUCGAUUUGAGAAUCCCGUAUUUGGAUCCUAGCUUCGAAGCCAUGGUUCGAAUCCAGGCCAAGUUCUCCGAGGACGGCUACGAAAAGUUGGGUGGCGUCCAGAGGUUCUUUGCCGACGGCGUCAGAGAGCAGUAUGCAGACGGUCAGUUGGAUAACCAGGUCGAAGCCGUCCUGCAAGAGAUGAGAGAGCUGUCCAUCUGCGGUAUAGGUCAGUAA